CCGGCGGAAACGCUCGGACGGAAAGGCCUUCUUGGGUCGCCUGGGAAGCUGGUUGGGAGAAGCUGUGGCUACUGUGCGACUGGAGGGGGGCUGCGUGGUGCCUCAGCAUGGAUGGCUACGUGGUCCUGAGGGCGAUUGGAGAGGGCUCCUUCGGCAGAGCCCUUUUGGUUCAGCAAGAAAACAGUAAUCAGAUAUUUGCCAUGAAGGAAAUAAGGCUUCCCAAGUCUUUCUCUGGUACCCAGAAUUCUAGGAAGGAAGCUGUUCUGUUAGCCAGAAUGAAACACCCCAACAUUGUUGCCUUUAAAGAAUCAUUUGAAGCUGAGGGACACCUGUACAUUGUGAUGGAAUAUUGUGAUGGAGGGGACCUAAUGCAGAAGAUUAAGCAUCAGAAAGGAAAGUUGUUUCCUGAAGAUACGAUACUUAAUUGGUUUACACAAAUGUGCCUUGGAGUAAAUCACAUUCAUAAGAAACGUGUGUUACACAGAGAUAUCAAGUCCAAGAAUAUCUUCCUCACCCAAAAUGGAAAAAUAAAACUGGGAGAUUUUGGAUCUGCCCGUCUUCUCUCCAGUCGUAUGGCGUUUGCUUGUACAUAUGUGGGAACACCUUAUUACGUGCCCCCAGAAAUUUGGGAAAACAUGCCUUAUAACAAUAAAAGUGACAUCUGGUCCCUGGGAUGCAUUCUGUACGAACUCUGUACCCUUAAGCAUCCAUUUCAGGCAAAUAGCUGGAAAAGUCUCAUUCUCAAAAUAUGUCAGGGGUCCCUGAGGCCACUGCCGCCUCAAUACUCCUGUGAGCUGCAGCAGCUGAUCAAGCAGAUGUUUAAAAGGAACCCCUCACAUCGCCCUUCCACUACAACGCUUCUGUCCAGAGGCUCCUUGGCUCGGCUUGUCCACAAGUGCUUGCCCCCAGAGAUCAUCACAGAAUAUGGUGAGCAAGUAUUAGAAGAAAUCAAGAAUUCUAAGCAUAGUACACCAAAGAGAAAAACAGACCCCAGCAGAAUCCGGAUAGCUUUGGGAAAUGAGGUAACCAUAAUGCAAGGGGAAGAACAAGGUAGAAAGUCCAGCCACAUGGAUUUAGAAAGCAUUAACAAAAAUUCGGUCGAAAAUGCACUGAGGAGAGUAAAUGAAGAGAAAGAUAAAUCCGUCCAUCUGAAGAAAGCCAGUUCACCAAGUCCUCUCAGGCGACAGUGGGAGAAGAACGUACCCAACACAGCUGUCACGGCUUUGGAAAAUGCAGCCAUCCUCUCCUCCACGUUAGGGGCAGGGGAUGUGAGAGGUGGUUCUGUAAUAAAGUAUAAUGAAAAUAGCACCCGUAAGCAGUGGCUCAAAGAGACUCCAGAAACUUUGAUGAACAUCCUCAAGAAUGCUGAUCUCAGCCUGGCGUUUCAAACGUACACAAUAUAUAGACCAGGAUCAGAAGAGUUCUUGAAGGGCCCCCUGUCUGAGGAAACAGAAGCCCCAGACAGUGUGGACGGGGGCCACGAUUCUGUCACUUUGGACCCAGAGAGACUGGAGCCUAGAUUGGAUGCAGAGGACACGGAUUUUGAGGAGGAUGACGAUGAGAGCCCUGACUGGGUGUCCGAACUGCAGCAGCGAGCUGGCUGGCAAGCAGUGUCUGACGGGUAGUGCCCAAGGACGUGCUGCACCGUCACGUGGCAUAGAUGUUUAAAGUGAGGAAUCCAUGUUUGGAUGAUAUCAGCUCACAGGAUGUGUAUUUUUCUUUGGACACAGAAUGAAGAUGGGGAAACUGAAUAUUUAAACUGUUCCUGAUUAGUAUCACAAAGUUUAAAAUAUCUGUUAACUCACGGGUUUUUGGACUCAGAGAGAAGGUGUUGGAAGAAUGGCUCUGAGCUUCCGGCUUGCGGUCAGAAGAGAAAUGGGAUGCUGCUGCUUACAGUUUGUGUGCUGGUGGGAGAUUAUUUAACCUCUUUGAGCCCCAGUGCCCACGCCUCUAAGAUGAGGGUAAUAAUGCCUUCCUCAUAGGGACGCUGACCAUAGACCAUGGCAGCAGCCCAUAAUGUUAUUUCUGCGAUUGUUAUGAUUUGUGUUUAAUUGCUGCAUAACUCUCUUUACAUUUCCUAAAGGUUUGAGGAUCAAAAUAAAUUUAAUUAGACCAUAA